AAAUGGGGGAAUGGCAAUUUUUUUCUCCUUUAGCGGCCUCCACUAGGGAUGCUAUGGGCCUGGGGAAAACUGUAAUGACAAUUGCUCUAAUACUUGCCAGGCUGGGCAAGGGUAAUCAAGAAUUUGCUGAGGAUAUGGCUAUUACUCAGCAUUCUAGGAACAGAAGGAUUAAAGGUGGCACUCUCAUUGUUUGUCCUAUGGCAUUACUUGGUCAAUGGAAGGAUGAACUUGAAGCCCAUUCAAAGCCAGAUAGCAUUUCUGUUUUUGUUCAUUAUGGUGGGUACAUAAGUAAACCCUAGAGUGAUAGCAGAACCAGAUGUGGUCUUGACAACCUCUAUGGUCUUCUAUCUGCUGCAUAUAAGGCUGAUGGGGGGAGUAGCAUAUUCCAUAAAGUUGAUUGGCAUCGAAUUGUACUGGAUGAAGCACACACCAUAAAGUCUUGGAGAACUGUGAGUGCUAGGGCUGCAUUCACAUUGUCUGUAC